UUUUCCAUAACCAAAAUCGCAUUCACAAAUAUAAUACAUAGAUUAUAUAGUUUCGACUCAAUUGCUCAAAGUCAUAAGCUAUAAGUCAUGUGUCAUAUGUCAGUUGUAAAGAGAGAGAGAUAAUUGCACGUUACAGACUUGUUAAAAAAAAAGUAAUAUUUCAAUUUCUUUCAUUCUGGAUAUUACGAUGUUUUCGCAUAAUUUCAUAUAAUUUUUAUAGGAUAUGUUUUGAAUUUCCACAAAUCGAAGAACAUAAAUCAUAUUAUUAUUAACAUCUUCGUGCACUCUUCAAGAAAACUUGCAUUUAUAGCCCUCUCUUUUACAAACAAUACUUACUGACAGUUAUUAAGAUUGAUACAACAAUAAUGAAUAUGACCAAGAAAAUCAAUGUCAACUUUUCAUCUUUAGUUGGUUUGAAAGCAGAGUUAUUGAGAAAACAAACCGAAGUAAAUGAAGCAAAGUUAAAAGCAGAGUCCAUCAAUGUGCUACCGCAAUUAAACAAAAAAAGAAACAAGAAAAUUGUUGUAGAAGAUGUGAAAAAAAAUCCUACAGAAUUAAUAGAUGCAGAGGACAUUAUUGCCCAUAAAAAAUCAAAGCUGAUGUUGGAAGCUAAAGCAAGAUUGUAUGAAAGAUUACAGAAAUCAAAAAAUAAUAAUGACAAGUUUCUUGUUGAUUUCAAGAACAAAUUGGAUGAACCUGACGAAGAAUUUGUUGAUGAAAGCAUUAAUGAACAACAUCCAAUAGAGCCAGAAGAAAGUUGGGUUGAAUAUCAAGAUUGUUUUGGUCGUACUAGAAAAUGUUUGCGGGAAGAUUUGCCACAUAUGCAAAAGAAGGAUGAAUUAAUAAAGCGAGAAAUAAUGAAAAGAAACACCAAUGAAAAUGGAGAAGAAGAAAAUAAGGAACAAUAUUCUAUUCAAGAAAAAGAACCUGAAAUAGAAAUUAUGAGAAGGAAAUGGGAGGAACAAACACAAAAGCUUGCGGAUAAGGUUGAUAUACAUUAUCAAGAUAUUUUAUUUGAUGAAGCACGAACGCAUGGUGUUGGUUACUAUGCAUUUUCCCAAGAUGAGGAGGAAAGAGUGAAGCAGCAAAAGAAUCUAGCAAAUUUAAGGAAGGAAACAGAGAGGAGGCAGAAAGAAAUGAAAGAGAUCAAGGAAUUGAAGGAAAGAAUGGAACAGAACAGAUUAAAGGCAGCAAGAAUUAGACAGCGGAUCAGAGCGGGUUUGCCAGUAGAACCUACAGAGGAGGAAUUGGCAUUGGAAAAUAAGUCUAUUGAUUCUACUGAUAUUAACGAAGCUAACAAAAAUAAUAAUGAAUCUAUUGAAAAUGAUAAUGAAAAAUCUAGAGUCGAAACUGACCAUAAAUCUAUAAACAAAAUAGAAACUGAAACCACCCACCAGGAAGAAAAGAAUAAUGAUGAAGAUAAAAUAAGAGCUUUUGGAGAACUAUUGGGUAAAAAGAACCAUUGGCAUGUAAUGUCACAGGAGGAAUGGAUACAUAAAUGUAGAGAACAAAGAAUUGAUGAAUUUGGACCAGUUUACAAUAAUUUUACAAGUGCUGGAUUUUAUAACAGUUCUAAAAAUAUUGAUGAGCAAUUAACUCAUGAUAAAGAACUUGAUAACACAGAAACUCGUGAAUCCAAAGAACCUGUUAAAAAAUCUAAUAUCAAUUUACAGAAUCAUGAAGACAGUAAUGAAUCCAACAAUGACACAGUCUUUUCUGAAAAAAAUGUUGAUAGUAAUAAUCAGAAUGAUAAAAACAAUUUAGUAAAAUGUAAUAAUACAGUAAAUAAGAGUAACACUAGAUACGAGUUGCCUAAAUAUACAACAGAAUCAGUAUUAAAUCCUGCUGCAAGUUUAUCUAAUCUAUUACCAUCUCAAGGACAAGCAAAUGUUUCAUAUCCACUAUCUCUGUUUAGCAAUUAUUCACAAAAUAUGUCUGGUUAUCUUGAAACAUAUACAUCUGAGCAACAUAAAUUGUCAAAUGAUAUAAAUAUUCCUCUUCCUGGUGAAAGUACUUCAUCUUCAGUUUCCAGUGAUAAAUCCAUUCAUACAAGCAAAGAAGGAACAGUGUCACGAAAUAUAAAUGAGGAUAGUAUAAUGGCUGGUCUAAAAUAUUUGAGAGAAAAGUUUGAGGAAAAUCACAGUAAGUGGACAUAGUAAAAAUUUGUAUUAUAGUAUUUGUUUAAUGUAUUCUUGUAUAAUAAAAAAAUAAAUAUAUUAGACAGAGAGUCUAUAUUCCGCAACACUUAUUGUAUUAAAAUGUAAAGUGUUUAUUGUAAUGAAUUAAAAAGUAUCUUUCUUAUCAA